AUAUAAUGCAUAAUGUGAAACAUAUUCAUUCAUCAAUUAUAAAGAAAAAGAAAAAGAGAAACAAAGAGGAAUGACAGUGGUGGAUGGAGAGUAUCUAAAGGAGAUAGAGGGGGCUCGCAGAGACCUUAGAGCCCUCAUUUCCAGCAAGAACUGUGCUCCCAUCAUGCUUCGCUUAGCGUGGCAUGAUGCGGGAACUUAUGAUGCUAAAACGAAGACAGGAGGUCCUAAUGGCUCCAUUAGGAACGAGUACAACCAUGAAGUAAAUAGGGGCCUGAAAAUUGCGAUUGAUCUUUGUGAAGAAGUAAAAGCUAAACACCCCAAAAUAUCAUAUGCUGAUCUUUAUCAGCUUGCUGGGGUUGUAGCAGUUGAGGUCACUGGAGGCCCCACUAUUCAUUUUGUCCCAGGUAGAAAGGAUUCCACUGUUGCUUGUAAAGAAGGGCGUCUUCCUGAUGCGACAAAAGGUUAGCAAUGAAAAAUGUUGAGUGCAUUUCAUUUAUUAUUGUUACCGUUGACCUCCGAAUCUGAAUAGGACCUACUACUCAACAAAUCCCAACUCCUCUCUUGUACGUUACCUUCAUACUCGGGCACAUACAUCAGAGGCACAAGACCGAAGCUUCUCCAAGGAAUGGGGGGAGGCCAUGAUCGUGAGCACUACAAUGCUCAAGUCAAUAAAGGGAUAAAUAAUUUGGUGCAGGAGAAACACGGAGAAAGGAGAAAUACGGGAGUCGGGUUUAGAUUUCUGGAAUGUGAAAUUCCAAAUGUCAUUACAUUCAAAUGACAAAAAUUGUGAGAUUUAUAGGCAGAGAGAGAUUCAAAGUUAGAAAACUGGUUAGUUUAUGGAAGGUCAGACGAGUUCACACCAGAAUCAAGAUUAUGACUUUGCAAAAGCUACAUAAUUUCUUUUGAGAAAUUAGAAACUUUCGCUAAUCGUCAAUUUUUUAUAGUGCUUUGCCUUGUCUACAUGCUUGUAAUGCACGAGAACUGAUAAAAUGACUAAGGUUAGUACAGGAUGCAAAGUUCACAUGUAGGCUAAAGAAGUAAUAGAGAAUCAAAACA